AUGGAGGAAACUGAACAGUUUGGUUUGGUUACUCCGGUUCAAGAUUACGAAACAAUUAACUUUUUUGAUGAUGAUGAAUCUGUUUCUGGAAAUGAUCGUUAUACUUUUCAAACAGUUAGACCACGGCGUUCACAAACAAACAAAUCUCAAAAUAUCGACUCUAGCGAUGAAAAGAUUUUGAAUAUGCCGCCUCCAAGUAAUUUUUCGCCGUUAAAGAUCUCUCGAAACCAACAGCCUCAUGAAGCCACUGUUCUCUGCAAUCCUCCAGACCCAAGUUUAACGGAUCGCGAAGUUGUAGGCUAUUAUUUUUCACAGAUUUUUAGUGAAGAAAUCUUUCAAAUGCUUGUACAUCACACCAACGUUAACGCUCAUCUCACUGCAUCAAAAGAUUCAUGGGUUCCAGUCACAAAAGGAGAGAUUAAAAUAUGGUUAGGAAUCGUUAUUUACAUGGGAGUUUUUCGUCUUAAGAACGAUAAUUUGUUUUGGAACACAUCCAAAGAAAUGCCCAGACAUGAUGUUUGUAAAUACAUGUCACGAAAUCGUUUCGAUGAAAUUUAG